CCUGGUCGAAGCUGGAAGGAUACAAUGGUUGGGACAUGUGAUGAGGAUGUCGGACUCAUACCAGGAAGAUGCUCGUCAGAGACCCGUUCGACACGAGACGUUGUCCGAGAACAGCGAGCUCGUUGGUUGGAUCAGGUGGAGUCGAACCUAUCGGAGAUCGGAUGCAGCCAUGGAUGAAGGACUGCAGCCUUAGACCAAGUUUCCUGGAAACGGAUUGGAGACCUGGCCUUGUCCUCGCGACAUGCUCAACCCUCAACAGAAUAAGAAGAAAAAGAAGAGUCAGAAGAAGAAAAAGAAGAAGAAGAGCAUCGCGAAACGUGUAGAAACACCUUAAUAAGCACAAAAUUCUGAGUACUGAACUAGACCGUUAAUACAGAGUUUAUUGUGGACCGUAUCCAUCCACUCGUAUAACCCGUGCCGUGCCCGGAUGAGCCGGGUUCUUCGUCAUAACCUGUUAUCAACGAGCAAACAUGCGGGAAAGAAUAUUUCAAUUAAUCUUCGGCAUUAAAUAAGAUUUAGUAUAAGUGCGUCCGGAACAAUUGUAUCGUCAAUAGAGGGUAGGAGUAACAACACAAAAUUUGCGCGAACGUGAUUGCUGGGUUGAAGAUGGAUAACACCAACGCACAACAAUUAACUGACGCCGAACAAGCUGUGCAGUAUUAUGAGCAUUGCCAUCGCUGGAAGCUGCAGCUAGAUGAAGCGAAUGAUUUCUCCGACGUAGCAACCGUCUGUCAGGAUAUCUGCAACUAUGCCGGUCGAAAUGCUGCCGGGGAGUUGGAACGCAAACUAGCAGGCAUGCAAUUCAUGCUUGAUGCGGACACACAAUCGCCGGAACCACUUAGCAGCGUGGGACCAAAUUUACCGAGCAGUAUAUUAACCUGGACGUUGUUGGUUAAUCUGAACGAUGCGAACAAGACGCACAGUCAACGCAAAAUCAUUUCCAAAUCCUAUUACAAUCUAUGCCACAGAAAUGUGCUAGACGGUGCGCCACUGGAUACGGUGUACGGUGUGCAAGAUUUAGCGAAAUGCGAUGAGAAUAGUGUCGCCAUAUACGGGAUGCUGAAUUCACGCUUCCUCAACCUGAUGCAAAAUGUACCCGCUCUAUCAACGCUUCCGGCACGUAAUUUGGAACUAUUUCUAUCACCCAAAGCCGGUUACAGCCGAUGGUUUAAUACGGUGACGGAAAAUGUAGUGACCAUCGAACGGUUAGGUUUGUUUCGCGAUGUUCACACCAGCGAGAGAAGCAAACAGAUGUGGCACGUUGUACUGAUGAACCUGGAAUCGCCGUAUCAUGGGGCUCGUGAAAACAUGCUUGCACUGCUGAAAUAUCUAAUACGCGAUGAAAGUUUGAUGCGCAGCACCGUACUGCCGACGAUGCGUCAAUGGUCUUGGUUGAAUCGUAAUAAAUAUCAUCUGCUCGUAAUACUGUUGGGUCAGUACACGUUACCAGCGUUGCUAACACCGCUAGGACUCGAUAUGGCGCUGCUAGGCAAUGCUCUAAGGCUGUCACUAAAAUAUAAACACCUGUAUACCGGUGGGCAAGCACUAAUCCGGCUGCUGCACAAGGAGCAGCGAUUAUCCAGCUUUGUUUACGAACUUGUUGGUACAGUCAUAGUAGAGGAAGAAAUCGAUCUGGUACAGGUAAUGGCAAAGUAUUGGUUUAGUUGCCUAACACCGAAGGACUAUCGUACCAUUUACCGUGACCAUCUUAGCUUGGAUGCACUGAUUACAAACUACUUCGCGCCUAUUAUGGUCGAGUAUCCACUACCGGCGUACUGCGUGAGCAACAAGUACGAAAAACUGUUCCUUCUAGCCUAUCUGUUUCGACGCGAGUUGCAAAAGCACACCUAUUUACGACCGUUUUUGCUGUACCUUUGUGAACUAGCCGAAACACAGAAACCACUGCCACCGGCCACGCUUGGAAUGCUGAUAGAAUCUCUCGGUUAUUACAUUAUUGCUUGUGGUGCGACGGAUAAGCUUAAUACGCACCGGCUUACGACACACCUAACGCAGUACGUACUGGAAGUGAUGGAAACACCCGGUCAUCUUGCGGUGUGCAAUACGAUAGUGACGGUAUGCCAGAAGUUGCUGAAACAUAUCGUACACACGCAGCAGCGUCCGCCCCCCGGGAAGGAGUUUGAUCGGGACGCACAAGCGUUGGUGGCAAAGUUCAUGUCGUACGACAUGUACGACCGUUACCUCUUCCCAGCCGGUACGAAGCGUUACAACUAUCAACCAACCGUUACCGCGUUACGGUUGUUUGCUGCAUUUGUGGAGCAGGUGUUAGAAUUUCCCCCCACGAGUCAGUAUGUGCUGCAGAUGCGUCCAACCAGCAGCAUUGAAUGGAUCGUAAAACUAUUGCCCGAAUCGUUACCGCUGGAUGAACUCGGUUCGUCCUUUCGCUCUAUGGUGUACGGGCUGCAGCAUCUACUGCGCAGCGACUACGACGACGUGCGAUUGUUUGCGCUCAAGAUGCUGUACAACCGUUCCGUCGCGUAUCAUUUCGAUCCGAAGCUGCAGGAUCAACUGGCGAUCGUGUUUUCCCGCGACGAACCCGAUACGUUACGGCAAACGGUUCACCAGCUGCUGGAUGAUACGCUCAAAAAUAUCAUGGAGGCGCUGCAACACCACCAGCAUGAUUUCUACGCCGCCGUACUGAUGGAGGAGGACCAUCCGAACAGUCAGCUCCACCGAUUGGUUGAUCGCUGUACGGAACUUUGUUUCGGGUUUUCGCCGGGUGAAGCAGUACUGAGCAGUACGGAGCUGUUUCGCGUAAACGAGCACGUGCUGGAGGUGUGGAACUUUACGAAGAUUGCACUAACCUGUGCGAAGAAUAUCGGGAAGAAAGAAUAUCGGGAACUAGGCGAUGGUACAAGUUUCAAGGUGAUGGAUCACUGUUUGCAGCUGUUGCUCGAACAAUCCGAUGAGUGGCGCAUUAACAAUGCCUCCAGCAGUACAGAUGCCGUAAAGAUUGCCCUUGCGAAGCGAAGGAUGCAGGGCGCACUGUGGAAAACAAUUCGCGCGAUGUCCAUCUUUAUGGAAAACGCUGCCUUGUGGAUACUGCAGCACAACAGAGAGGUGGAAAAUCUCCCAGCGUUUACUAUGUUUCGGAACCUUCUGCAUACGUUGAACACAUUCAUGACGGUCUGCUGCCAUCGGGGUGCGAUUGAAGCGGCCGGAAACUGCCUUAGCCGUAUCGUGCGCCAAGUUAUGCAAUUGAAGCAAAACAUACUAACGUGCGUUACUAACCACCCCGGACAGGAUGGGGAACGGUUCCGGGCGCUGGAACGGUACAUGACGGUGGUAAAGGAGGUGUGCCAGAUGUGGCUUCCACGGCCCCGCAUGCAUCUGGAAGAUUUUCGCCGCCAUCGGGGCUACAUUUGGAUGGUGCACAGUUAUAUGCGUCACGACACGGCCGAUAUUGUAGGUGAUUCGAUGCUGCGCAUGUAUCUGGAGGACUAUACGCAGCUUGCCAAGUGUACGCUGGAUCAUGAGCGUGAAGGGAUGGCUUCAGUGACGGUACCCUUCGGGACGGUUUUGUGGCUGCAUCAGCUAAAUCUGCUCGCCCGUGAAACGUCACUGAACGAGUCUAUGCUGCCACAUAUAGAUGAGCUGAUGAUCGUUGCACUAGCACACAUCCGUUCCCCACAAUGGCCGACGCGUAACGCUGCGUUACAGCUGUAUGCGUCCUGUACGACGAAGCUAACCGGUCAACGGCAGCAGUACAGAGAUUGUGACUCCGAUUGGGCACCGGUCUAUACCUCGUUCGAGGAGGUUGCAUACAAGGCGAACCGUACGAUGCGGUUUAUGUUGUGGAAGCUAAAAGCGUUACUACCGCCAGCAGAAAGCCCACAUAUGGAGGAAGACCAGCGUAAUCCUGUCACACCGUUCUUGCUAUUGGUGCUGGAAUUUCUCUCCAAGCUAGAGUACCGUGCGUACGAUCGGCAUCGGACCGAUCUAGCCACACCGGACGAACCACCCUGCACUAUGGUGCAAGAGUAUCGCGCAAUCCUGUGGACACUGUUGCGACACAAGCACGAUCAGGUGCGCAAACUAGCCGCCCGUUGUUUCGCCCAGCUGCACGAUUUCCACACGGAAAUACCGAACCUGCUCGAGCAUCUGAUAUACGUGCUGUUUACCUCGAAGGAUACAAACUUCCGGCAUGGUUUGUGUCAGACGAUAACGGCCUGCGUACAGAAGUACGUUACGCUCGGGCGUUACGUGGAAGUAACCAAUGGCUGUGAUACUGGCGCGGAACAAUCAAAGGAUGCCAUUUUGCGACGCGUUCGGGGCAUGGUGACAAAGCACUAUAUGCUCGACCGGACGGACAAUUUAGUCGCCCCGUUUCGCUAUCGGUGCGAACUCCACAAGCUGCUGCAAUAUAUUGGCUUCCAGCGUGACAGUCCGGUUGUGCUGGAGCUGAUAAUCAAUCGGCUCGCACCGAACACGCACGGACUGGAUGUGUUUGCGAUGCAGCUGAAUCAGGUGUACAACAGUGGGUUGUGCACGGUACCGGAAACGGGCGUGCCCUUGCAUGGGGCAGCAUCUCUCCACCAACAACAUUCCGCACCGUACGAACUAUAUUUGGAAUUGGAUCAAGAACUAGACCAGGAGGAAAUGUAAAUUGUUAAGCUCGACAACGUGGAGGGAUGUGCGAGAGAUUUCCAUCCGUUUUUUUUUGUCUGAGAAUGGUUGACGGAAUUGUUUGUCAAAAACCCCAUUAGCCCCCUUUUCAAAUCCUUGAUUAAAAAUUAAGCGAAGUUGAGAAGAUAAAAAAAUAGGGGUUCCAGCGUAUGGAAAAGGGGUGGUAGCUUAAAGAAAACAAUGUGAGAGUUUUUUUCCCAGUUUGAGUAUUGUUUUAAAACGACCGCUUUUGAAGCGAUUUUGAUAUUUGAAAUUAUAUGAAUUUUAAUGCAAUAUUUUCGGAAUGUAAAUCAUCUAACUAUCUAAAUGGGGCAUAAUGGUGACUAAGGGGGUUUAAAAAAACACGCACACAACAGUAUGAAUUGACAAGUUUUGUUUUUUUUUUGUUUUGUUUUUGCAUAACUAAAUAUUAAGAGUGACUUUAAAUUCUGGCAUUUGCUUUAAGUUUAGUGACCGUUUAUCAGGAGGAAGAAAAGAAAACAGAAAAUAUACCCGUAAUACACGUGUACUUUUGUUUUCCUUUCGCUUCAAGCGCAAACACGUGCUUCGCUAAUUCGAAACGCGUGUGCAAAUUACAAACACAAAACGGUUGUAAAUUCAAUUUGGGCUUUGGAACAUUCAAACCGGAACGGAUUUGUUUAUGAAAAAAAAAAUGGCGCUUAGAAACGUCGUUUGUUUCUGUUUUGUUAUCCGUAUAAAGUAUUCGAAUUAUUUUCAAAAAAAAAAAAAAAAUGGUGAUAUUAAACGGGGCUGGACGACAAUGUUAGAGACGAUGGCGCGGAGGCGUAAUUACCACUUACA